CAUACAGUUCUCCUUUGUCCCCAUCGCCAUCCCAGUCAUAAUGUAUGGUCUAGUUUUCCUCUGGACCCCGGAGACCUGUCGCCUCCCCAUGACCCCACUUCCUCUAUCAGCGUAGCCACGCCUUCCUUAGCUGAUUAGUCUUCUGGGCUGGGCAUUCGCAGCUUCCUCUAGGCUUUUUCCAUGGGGCCUGGCGGCAGAGAUCCCAGUGGCAGGACCAGACCAACACUAGGGUGUUUCAGUGCGGAUGCGACGCCUUGAAAAUGGGGUGGGGCGAGUGUGGUUGUGGUGACGCACUACUUUAAUCCCAGCAGACGGGAAGCAGAGAUAGGUAGAUUCAAGGCCAGCCUGAUCUACAUAGGGCAGCUAGGAUACACUGCUUCAAAAAAAAGUGUGUGUGUAUGCCUCUGUGUGUUGAGUGUGAUCUUUAUCAGUGAAGAGCGUUGCACUGUUCUGUUGGCCAAUGCAGGCCAGUGGUCUAAGGCUUUUCUUUGGAGCAGGGUGAGGCACUAUUGAAUUUUCGCAUCUCUAGUUAAUCUCCACGGCCUCGAGUCUGUGUUUUACUUCCGGAUCCCACACUUACGACACCGGAAGCCGGAAGCGGGGUUUUCCACAGCAGAAAAGGGAAAGGUGACCGCCUGAUUAAGACUUUGUAGGAGCUCCGAUUCUGUCGGAGCGGUCGGAUCCCGCUUCUCCCGUCCUCUUCACUUCAGGCCGACUCUGCUGACAGGUGUGGUCCUCUUCUUCAAAGACAGGGCUACAUCGGUGGCCAUUCCGCAGCUUCCGAAGCUCCAGAGGUCCACCCCCACCCCCACCUUAGGCCCAGUUUGUUCUGCCUUAUGUUUCUAGAGCAUCGGUUGAGGCGCGCUGAUUUGCUACCCAGGUGGGCGGCUGGUCGGCCUGAUUCUUUUCUUCCCUCCACUGCAGCUGUCGCCUAAGGGCUUAGCUUAGCACCUGGUGCUAGAACUCUUCUGGUUUCGAAGACCUUUUCUGUCGAUCAGAUUCUUCUGAAGUACAUUUUGCGAUGUAGGACAGGCAGACCUCGAACUCAAGAUUCUCCUGCCUCAGCCUUUCGAGCACUGGAGUAACUAACAGACACUGUCUUUUUGGAUGAGCAGGCACCUGUGGAAGAAUCAGCUGAGUGAGAUGGUGCAGCCCAGUGGUGGCCCAGCAGGGGAUCAGGACAUGCCGGGUGAAGAAUCUUCUCUAGGGAAGCCAACAAUGCUACAUCUGCCUUCAGAGCAGGGUACUUCUGAGACCCUUCAGCGCUGUCUGGAAGAGAAUCAAGAGCUCCGAGAUGCUAUCCGACAGAGCAAUCAAAUGCUAAGGGAACGCUGUGAGGAGCUGCUACAGUUUCAGGUCAGCCAGCGGGAGGAGAAGGAAUUCCUUAUGUGCAAAUUCCAGGAAGCCAGGAAGCUGGUGGAAAGACUGAGCUUGGAGAAGCUUGACCUUCGGAGGCAGAGGGAACAGGCCUUAAAGGAUAUGGAGCACCUGAAGAAAUGCCAGCAGAUGGCUGAGGACAAGGCCUCCGUGAAAGCCCAGGUGACAUCACUGCUGGGAGAACUCCAAGAGAGCCAGAGUCGUUUGGAGGCUGCCACCAAGGAACAGCAAACUUUAGAGGGAAGGAUGCGAGCUGUUAGUGAGCAGGUCAGACAGCUGGAGAGUGAGCGGGAAGCCCUGCAGCAGCAGCAUAGUGUGCAGGUGGACCAGCUGCGCAUGCAGAACCAGAGUGUGGAGGCUGCCCUUCGAAUGGAGCGACAGGCUGCCUCAGAGGAAAAGCGGAAGCUGGCUCAGUUGCAGGCAGCCUAUCACCAGCUCUUCCAAGACUAUGAUAGCCACAUUAAGAGCAGCAAGGGCAUGCAGCUGGAAGAUCUGAGGCGACAGCUUCAGCAAGCCGAGGAGGCCCUGGUAGCAAAACAGGAAUUGAUUGAUAAGCUGAAAGAGGAGGCUGAGCAGCACAAGAUUGUGAUGGAGACUGUACCAGUCCUGAAGGCCCAGGCGGAUAUCUACAAGGCUGACUUCCAAGCUGAGAGACAUGCUCGGGAGAAGCUGGUGGAGAAGAAGGAACUUCUGCAGGAGCAGCUUGAGCAGCUACAGCGUGAAUUCAACAAGCUGAAAGUUGGCUGCCAUGAGUCAGCCAGGAUUGAGGAUAUGAGGAAGCGGCAUGUAGAGACUUCCCAGCCCCCUUUACUCCCUGCUCAGGCUCACCACUCCUUUCAUUCGCCCUUGUCCAACCAGCGGAGGAUCCCUCCUGAGGAACCACCUGACUUUUGUUGUCCCAAGUGCCAGUAUCAGGCUCCUGAUAUGGACACUCUGCAGAUACACGUCAUGGAGUGCAUAGAGUAGGGUCAACAGAUGCAAGGCCACCUGUAAUACCAUGUCCCAAACUAUGCAACUGUGCUUUCCUGUUCCACCUGUAUAGUCCACGAUUAAGGGCUGUCAAAAAGUGGGCCCCAGGACCUAGCAGAACCCCUGCUUUACCCUUUUGGUGGUCUGUUAGUUCUCUAUUAAGGUAAAGAGCCCCAGUCAGGGCUGUUUUUCCCCCCUUUUCUUCUGUGUGCCUGAGCCACUUGCCUCUGGUGGCUUCUCCCUUCCUCUUCUCCCAUUUUCCUAGGGAGUCCAGAAUGGAGGUCAGGGGCUCUCAGGGAGCACCCCUUCUCCAAGCAGGGCUGGGUGCAGCUCUUCUUCCCUCCAGCUGAUGCCUUUCUUGCCUGGGAGUGGCAGGCUCUCUUUCCAGGGCAUGUGGCACUUAGGUUCAUAACGUGUUGCCUGUGAUAGACAUUUGGGAGUAUUCUGUCUUUUUGCUACUGUAAGUAAUGGUGCAGUGAAAGUACUUGUGCACUGAUCUGUGUGUACCUUUAGGACAGAUGCUUAGAUGUGGCAUUGGAGCCUUGCCAUGGUAGAGGUCGGCAGACCUUUGAGUUUCUACCAUCUGCUAGACGUGUAGUUCUUUUGUAAAUAGUGUGCUUAAGUGUCUUUUUCUGGGGUAUAUGGGUCUUUUUUAAUUCCUUUGAUGUAACGUGACUUUUCAUAAUUCCUAGCCAUCUUUGAUGAUCAGCCAAGUUAGUUCUUGACUAUCACAGAAACUGUACACCUUGUUCCACUUUGUGUUACUGUUUUGGGAACUAGAAGCUGUUAUAUACUUCUACUUAACCAUUCUUUAAUUUUUUUUUUUUUUGGCUUUGGAGUUAUGACUGCUUUGUGUUUUGAUAAAAGGAUAUUUCACAUACACUUUUGUUCUAGCCCCAGUGUGCUCUUGUUUUUGCCAAGCGCAUUGUUGCCUUGUAUGAAUGGUGGUGGCCAUAGUUCACACUCCAGGAGUUUGUGAUGGCAUGUUUUUCACCAGCCCAGAAGACCUGUCUUGGGAACCAUUUAGCAUUGACUGGCAGAUUAUGAAAAAAGGAAUGCGUCAUUUUCUUUACAAGGUUCUAGACAUUUCUGAAACCUUACAGUCAUUAGUAUUACCCUUGGCAAUUCUAGUAAAGGAAAGAAAGUUGGAGUUGAAAACUUUGCUAAUCCUCAGGCCUGAAAUCCUUCCUGCCCUCCUGCAAACUUUCAUGGUUCUGAGUGGGAUCAGUAAAUCCAUGCACAGGUUUUUAUUCACAGAGCUUCUUUCCCAAUAGGAGUGAGAAAGCUGAGUAGAAUUCAGACUUUUUUUUUCUGCUUUUUUAUUUUAAUUUUUUUAAAUUUUUUAUUAAUUACACUUUAUUCAUUUUGUAUCCCCCCAUAAGCCCCUCCCUCCUCCCCUCCCCAUCCCACCCUCCCUCCCCUUUCUGCAUGCAUGCCCCUCCCCAAGUCCACUGAUAGGGGAGGUUCUCCUCUUCUUUCUGAUCUUAGUCUAUCAGUUCUCAUCAAAAGUGGCUGCAUUGUCCUCUACUGUGGCCUGGUAGGGCUGCUCCCCCCUCAGGGGGAAGUGAUCAACAAGCAGGCCAAUCAGAUUAUGUCAGAGGCAGUCCCUCUUCCCAUUACUAUGUAAACCACUUGGACACUGAACUGCCAUGGGCUACACCUGUGUAGGGGUUCCAGGUCAUCUCCAUGAAUAGUCCUUGGUUGGAGUAUGAUUUUCUGGGAAGUUCCCUGUGUUCAAAUUAUCUUGUUCUGUUGCUCUCCUUGUGGAGUUCCCGUCCCCUCCAGCUCUUACUAUUUCCCACUUCUUACAUAAAAUUCCAUUCACUCUGCCCAUCAGUUGGCCAUCAGGCUCAGCAUCUGCUUUGACAGUCUAUACUGCAGAAGCUUUCAGAGGCCCUCUGUGGCAGGUUUCAAGGUUGUUUCCUGUUUUCUUCUGGCUUUCAGAGGCCCUCUGUAGCAGGUGAAUUCAGACUUUUAAAAAGGAUUUAAAAAGUAAGCCUGAGCCUGGGGACUUCCACAGAAUUCUCAGAGAUGGGGAGCAGAUUUUCCAUUUCCUAAUUCCCAGGUAUCUAAUGGGCAGCUCUUUGGGAAAAUAUUAAAGAACAGAUAAGUUCUUUGUUUAUGAGUUUUUCUUUUUUUAAUUAUUUUAAUUUUAAUUUUUUUCUUCACAAUUUAUUCAUUGUAUAUCCUGAUUGAAACCCCCUCCCUCAAUUCCUCCCAGUCUCAUCCUCCCCCCCUCUUCCCCACUAUCCUCUUCCCCUAGUCCACUGAAAGGGGGAGUUCUCCACCAUUGCCAACUGUCCAUAGUUUGUUAAGUCUCACCAGGACUGCUUGGAUCCUCUUCCUCUGUGGCCUGGUAAGGCUGUAUCACCAAGAACGAGUGAUCAAAGUGUAGGUAACUGAGUUCAUGACAGAGGCAGUUCCUGUUCCCCUCACUUGGAGAUCCACAGGGAGACUGAGCUGCCAAUCGGCCACAUCUGAGCAGGGGGCCCUCUCCAUGCAUGGUCCUCCAUUGGUGCAUCAGUCUCUGCAGGACCCCCUGGGCUCAGAUCCUUUAGCUUUGUUGAUCUCCUUGUGGGGGUCCUGUCCCCUCCAUGUCCCUCUAUCCCCACCCUCCUCUUCUUCUACAAGACUCCAUGUGCCUGCUCAAAGUUUGUCCAUGAGUCUCAGCAUCUGCUUCCAUCCCCCGUUGGGUAGAUCCUUUCAGAGGACCCUCUAUAGUAGGCUCCCGUCCUGUUUCCUCUCUUUCACUGCAUCUAGUGUCUAUCCUGUUUGCCAUUCUGAAUGAGAUUUAAGCAUCCUCCCUAGGGUCCUCCUUAGUGACUAAGCCUCCAGUUCCAGGAACAAGAUCAUAAAAUCUCCCACCCAAGAAACAGCAUAGAGAUAAGCGCAAAAAUGCAAAGGGACAUCUGUUCUGGGCAGCCUUAUCUUGUGGUAGAACAUUCUUAAUACAACAAUGUAGCCCACUGACCACCUAGACUGGUUGCAAGCCCUUAAACCCUUGUGAUUUCCCUGCAGCCCACCAGUUUGAGCCAGUUUGGGCCAGUUUAGAGAGCCCCCAACCUCUAAUCAGGCUCUAGCUAGCCAUAGCCAAUCAUAGAUGUACUUAUACCCUUGCUUUUUAUGUGCACCAAUCAUGAUAAAGAUGACCUAUCUGUCACUGAAAAUUACCCAAGUUUCCUAUAAGAAGACCUGUGCACCUUUGUGUAGGGUUGCCAUUUUGCCUGGAUGGUGGCCCCAGCAUGCUGGUGUUCUGCAGAAUAAAUGCCCUUUGUUGUUUGCAUGCUA